AUGUGUUCCACCACCUCCUCUCUGCGAAACAAGAUGGUGGCGCCCACUGGUUGUUCGUCGGCCUUCCGGGUCAAGAGUUCCUACAAGCGUCUGGGAUCCAUUCUCACUCUCGACUUGCAGCUCUUUUCUUCCACCAUCAUUACUUUGGAUGCCCAGCGAUUAGCAGAGAGUCUUCGUGCCCAGAAAGGGGAUCAAAAGAAAGUGCCGGCAGUCCUCUGUGAUAAGUUGAAAAGAAAAUCUCAGGUGUCUACAAACCCUGUUCAGCGGAGGGUGAGCGAGCUGGUGCGGUUCACACGACAGCUGCAGCAAGUCCAUCCCAACGUGCUUGCUAAGGCCCUGCGCAGAGGGAUUCUCCACCAGGACAAGGACCUAGUGAUUGUCAACAAGCCCUACGGUGUACCUGUGCAUGGUGGUCCUGGUGUUCAGCUCUGUAUCAGUGAUGUACUGCCCAUCUUGGCAAAGAUGCUGCAUGGCCAGAAGGCAGAGCCCCUACAUCUGUGUCACCGGCUGGACAAGGAGACUACGGGUGUAAUGGUGUUGGCUUGGGAGAAAGAAGUAGCACAUCAAGUCCAGGAGCUGUUCCAAACCCGUCAGGUGGCCAAGAAGUAUUGGUAUGAGGCCCAUUAUGGUGGGAGGUGUGGAAGAGGUGGCAAGGGCAAAUAUCCAUUUAUCUGUCAGUGA